AUGCAGAGGUUGCCACAGAUGCUGGUGGAAGAGCUGGGGCUCAUCAAACUGCAACUUCAAGCAGAAGAAAGAGGAGUGGUGUCAAUCAAAGGUGUAAGUGCAAAUCGCUUUUUGGCUAUGAAGGAGGAUGGCAGAUUGCUGGCCCUGAUUUUACAUGGUUUCUCUUUAAUGACUAGCUUUUCUCUGGCAUUCCCAAAAAUUUUCUGGGUUGAUGGACUGAUAGAUGGUGUAUAUGAAAAGAAAGUGUCGUGUCGUUGUCACACCCCCGGCCCCAGCUCCAAAUGUUUCUUUUUUGAGCGUUUGGAAUCUAAUAACUAUAACACUUACCGAUCACGGAAAUACUCUGAUUGGUAUGUGGCACUGAAAAGAACUGGACAGUACAAACCUGGACCCAAAACUGGACCUGGACAGAAAGCUAUCCUUUUCCUUCCCAUGUCUGCUAAAAGCUGA